AUCCAAUCUCUCUCUAAAGAUCUCAUCCUUGUUGCUCUUUGGCUGCCCUGACAGGCUCUGUGGUCUCUUCCAUAAGUUCAGUUGCAGCUACUGAGAGGUGCCAUGACUUUCAUCUUCACAGUCCUGCUCUAUCUGGGGCUGAAUCUGGGCCAAGAGACCUCAGUGUUGGCAGGGACUCCCCCAAAGCCAACCCUCAGUGUUCAGUCUGGAUCAGUUGUUGCCAGAGGGAAGCCAGUAACCAUCUCAUGUGAGGUGACCACAGGGGCCCGGGAAUACCGUCUUUACAAGGAGGGAGGUCCACAUCCCUGGCGCACACAGAGCACACUGGAGGCCACAAACAAGGCUGAGUUCUUGAUCCCAUCAAUUGAACAACAGUAUGGAGGGAGAUACCGAUGUUACUAUAAGACUGCUGCUGGGUGGUCAGAGCACAGUGACCCUCUGGAGCUUGUGGUAACAGGAUUCUAUAGUAAACCCAGCCUCUCUGUCCAACCCAGCAGUGUGGUGACCUCAGGAGAGAAUAUUACCUGCCAGUGUGGCUCACAGCUGGGAUUUAGCAGGUUUGUCCUGACUAAGGAAGGAGAACAGAAGCCCUUGAUACUGGAUUCAGUGUUUAUAAACUCCACUGGGCAAUUCCAGGGCUUGUUUCCUGUGGGCUCUGUGACCCCCAGCCAGAGAUGGACAUUUAGAUGUUAUGGCUAUCAUGCUAUCAGCCCACAGGUGUGGUCAGAACCCAGUGAUCCCUUGGAAAUACAUGUCUCAGGUGAGGAAGCCCCAUCAUUAACUCAAUCAGUUGUUGACAGUGUUGCUUUUUUGCCAUGAUCCCUGAUUUUUUUCUAAGGGAGCCCCAGGAGUUAGGAUGAGGAAAACUCAAUCAGAGCCCCAGUGUAUGUAUGUAUGUGUGUGGGGGUGGAGGUGGGGGUUAUGGCAGUGCCAUAUGCAUGUAGGAUGUGAGGGGACAGGUGUUGGACAGACACUGGUGUUUCCACCAACACCCAGCCCAUUUUCCCUAAAGGGCUGUCCAGGAAGUGCUCACUGCUGACUUUGCAUGGCCCUCACCCUUCUCCCUGGAGAGAACCCGGCUCUCCAGUGUUGCUCUUACAUAAGUUAUGAAAGGUUUUCUUUGUCCAAAGGAUGAGGAACUGACCUUCUCCACAGCCCUGGAGAACCAAGCUGGGUUUUCAAGGCCAACUUCCUCUUGGGUGUACAAAAUAUUUUCCCAGUGGACAUUCUGAUUAUAGCAGAGGAGCGGAGCUGAGUGGGUCCACUUAGAGACUAAAGACUACACACGACCAGAUGAUAAUGGCUGGAGGAGGUAAUGAGCAAGAUGAAAGAUGGGAUCUAGGACCAAAGACCAGGAAGUUGGGUAAGAGCAGAGUCAUAGAAAGCAGAAAGAGAGCCAAGUCCCAAGAAACAGGUUCAGAAUAAGAUAAGCAGUCCCUCACCCAUCUUUCUUUCUCUAGGACAUCUCCCUGUCACACACUCUCAGUGAAGCCAGGCUCCAUGUUAUUCCCUGAAGAGAAAGUGACCCUGCCAUGUCAACCAUUGAUAAUGAUGGACACUUUUCUUCUGGUCAAGUGGAGAGCAGCUACUUCCUUUUUGUGUCUAAGAUCAAUGUUUCCUCACUCAGCAGUGUUAGGCAGAAUUCUGAAUGUGUGUUGGGACCUUCCCGCUUGGAGACACCCAAAGAUGCUGUAGUUGUUAAAACACAUCACCCUACCUGUCUCCAUGCCACAGUCCUCCCGUAGAACUCAAGGUCUUAGAUCAGAGGAAUCUUAGCUGUUCUGUCUGUGCUCAACAGUUCACUCACUGGGGGAACUCUUGUCUCUAAUUAGAUGUUUUAGUGAAAUUCAGGAAAGCUUUUUUUCUAAAGUGAGUCUGAUGCAAAAUUUGAACACAAAUAUCAGAGUGGGUCUGGAGCAUCCAGCAAGGAGACCAGUAGGAACCGUCCUACAAAAGGGAGGGUUCAACUAGAGGUGCAUGAAGUCAUGUGAUGAGAGUGACACACAGGAAAGAAGAGACACAGGAAAUGGAGCCAGGGGCAUGGCUGAGCUGGUAGUUAAUAUCUAGCACACA